CAUGUAGAAAGGCCAACGCUCAUGUUGCAGGGACUAUUGAUGGACGCAUUGUUUAAUAACGCAUAGUAACAGGAUAGCUAAGGACUACUCGAUCUUGACGACAAAGGGUUCGCGUUGAUCUGCUUUCCAAAGCUACAAAAGCAGCAGACGUCUAACUUAUAAUUACUUACUACGAUGCCUACUACGGAUUGUCUCACUGGGCCGUGGGAUUAACGCAGAGUUCACGUAGGACAACAUCCACUGCAUAACGAUGGACACAAUUGUACUGAGCGGCCAGACAAAAGGAGCUCACGCUAACACCUUAUGAAGGCUACUGGAGUACCUUAGGCGUCGGAUUCCUUCGACGUAGGGUUCGUUGGCAGAGCACAAUGCGCUAGCCGAACCUUUGCCUGCUAGGAUAGCCACGAUAAGCAUUCCAUUGAACUCUGGAGCGGAGGGCUGGAGGCGUGACUGUGGUUAGCGAAAACGAUGUCGGUCUACUCCCUGUACGUUAUCAACAAGUCCGGUGGUCUCAUCUACAACCGGGACUUCUUAGAAGCGGCUCGCGUGGAUACCAACGACUCUCUGCGCCUGGCUAGCAUCUGGCACUCGCUUCACGCCAUUGCCAGCCAGCUGAGCCCCGUGCCGGGGUGCACGGGCAUCGAGCUGUUGGAGGCGGACACCUUCAACCUGCACUGCUUCCAGACGCUUACGGGGACGAAGUUCCUGCUGGUCGUGGAUCCACAUGCCUCCUUCAUACCUACGUUGCUGCAAAGGAUCUACGAACUGUACUCGGACUUCGUCCUGAAGAACCCGUUCUACGAGACGGAGCAAGUCAUCAAGUGCGAGCUCUUUGACGAGAACGUGGAGCUGCUGAUUCGCCGCUACUUGCAGCAGGCCGCGUAGGCAGGGGCUGUGCACCCGGCUUCGUAAGCUGCACCGGCAGCAGGCCGCAUGGGCAGGGCCAGUACGCAGCAUGCGCGCCGGGAUUCGUAAAGGGUUGCCCAGCCAGGAAAGAUGGGCGGGCAUCGUGAUGCGGUUGCCGUGUUCCCCACGGGAGGCCACGCGCUAGGCCAGGGCUGGCUGAAAUGAUUUUCGGCGUUUGGGCGGUUUGCGGUGACGCUGCGGCUGAGUACACCUGGUACGCGCUAUGACUGCUCAAGGCGCAAUGCCUCACGGGUGUCUUUUAUUCUGGUUAUUACACCUUCGUCUGUGGCCAGACUUUUAGGUGAUGCAAGGCAUGUGGAAGGUGUACGAGCAUGCGCCUUGGGAGGUUAAACUUUAUAGGCAGCGAAGGCAAUAGAGACGUUUCAUUGGACGUGGGGGCGGUGGGAAACGCAUUUGCCAAAGGAAAAAGGGUGGAUCGUUUCCCAUGCAAACUAUAGCUUGAGCGCACGAUGCAGGACACAACACAAAUGAGAGCAUGGUAGGCCUCACAAAGCUUAAUGUAAGGGAUACCAGUACAAA